AUGGCCUCCCGACACGAGCCUAAGCAGAGCCCAGCUGAGCGGCGGAAGGGCGAGUCUGCGCUCAGCGAAUUCGCCGACUACGUCCAGAAACAACAGGCGCUGCGCCGACCGCCAGGCCAAGCCCCCGCCGUCCUCGAAGACCACGAUGAGCUGAGCAUCCUCGACGAGCUCGGCCUCUCCGAUGACAACAAGGCGCACAUCCGCCUCAAGACGCUCCUUACCGACCCCGCCGAAGAGAACGUCGCAGCGCUCGCUGAGCAUAUCCAGGGGCGCCUGGCCGAGGGCCAUGGGGAGGCCCUGUUCGAUGUUGGCCUGGAAGACAGCGGUGACUCCAUGGGCUUCACUGAGGACCAGUGGAAGUUUGCCUUGGAGAGGAUACAAGUUGCCUGCGAGAAGAUAAAAGCCGACUACAAGAUGCUCAUGACGCGGAAUGUUGGCGGUGACGUCGAAGUCGGACCUCGCAAUGCGAAGGAGCUUGGCUUGAGUGGCAAGAUGAUCUUGCGACAACAGCCGCAGAGUGUCGACGAUGUCAUCGAGACGAGGAUAGCAGUUGUAGGAAAUGUCGACGCUGGCAAAAGUACCAUGCUCGGUGUCCUCGUCAAAGGCGGCCUCGACGAUGGCCGCGGAAAAGCGCGCGUCAACCUCUUCCGCCACAAACACGAAAUCGAGAGUGGUCGAACCAGCUCAGUCGGCAUGGAGAUAAUGGGCUUUGACAGCAAGAGCGAAGUCGUUGUGUCGAACGUCGCAGGUCGAAAACUUACUUGGGAAGAGAUUGGACGGCGAUCCGCCAAGGUCAUCAGCUUCACUGAUCUCGCUGGUCACGAGAGAUACCUGCGGACUACCGUCUUUGGGCUGCUGUCAAGCGAGCCCAACUACUGUCUGUUGAUGAUCGCGGCAAACAACGGUUUAGUGGGUAUGAGUAAAGAGCAUCUCGGAAUCGCACUUGCGCUCAACGUUCCCGUCAUGGUCGUUAUCACCAAAAUCGACAUUUGUCCGCCACAGAUCCUUGAACAGACUAUAACUCAGCUGUCCAAGAUCCUCAAAUCUCCAGGAGCGCGAAAGAUACCGGUAUUCAUCAACAAUAGGGAGGAGUGCAUCACUACCGCUACCCAAUUUGUGUCGAGUCGCAUAUGUCCUAUCUUCCAAGUUUCCAAUGUCACUGGUCAUAACCUGGAUCUGGUGCGCAUGUUCCUCAACGCACUACCCCAUCACGGCAAUUACGACGCCUCUGCUCCUCUGGAAUUCCACGUCAACGACACAUUCUCGGUACCUUUCGUCGGUACUGUGGUUUCAGGUGUUGUCAAGUCUGGUGAAAUACAUUCUGGCGACACAGUCUUGAUCGGUCCCGACAGUCUUGGCCAGUUUCAAACCACAAAGGUGCGUUCCGUCGAGCGCAAACGGAUACAAGUUCCAGGAUGCUCUGCUGGGCAGUCUGCUAGUCUCGCGCUGCGCAACGUUCGGCGGAAAGAUGUGCGAAAAGGCAUGGUCGUUUUGCACAAGGCUGAGAAGCCUGAUCCAACAACUGGGAUAUUACCAGCCCCGAAAGUGUACCGCGAGUUCGUUGCCGAAGUCUUGAUCUUGUCGCACGCGACGACUAUCAAGACCAAGUACCAGGCUAUGCUACACGUUGGACCAGUGUCCCAGACCUGCGCCAUCAUCGACAUCGAUCGCCAGUACAUCCGCACUGGUGACCGAGCACAGGUAGCCUUCCGCUUCGUACAGCGACCAGAGUACUUGACUGUCGGCGAUCGGAUACUCUUCCGUGAGGGCAGGACGAAAGGAUUGGGUAUUGUCAAGAGAGUCGGUUAUGACUCCAAGCAUCCGUUAAACCCGGAGUUGCACAAAGACGACAAGAAGAAGGACAGCCAACCGGACGGGAAGAACGUGGAAGCAUCAUGA